UGCUGGCAGAGGAGGUAACAGGGGUGAGGUCACAUCUCCCUGGAGCCGGUGCCGCCGGCUUUUCAGAGCUCGCCAUGAGCGCGCAGCCCCGGCCGCAGACCGCGCGGACCGUGCACUCCUCCGCCCUCUCUGCGCCCACGCUUCCGCCCAUGUCUCAGUACGCCCCCGGCUCGGACCUCAAGGGGGCUUUGGACAGCAGCAGUCCGGAGGCCAACACUGAAGAUGACAAGACAGAGGAGGACAUACCCAUGCCGAAGAACUACCUGUGGCUCAGCAUCUUCUCCUGUUUUUGCCCCGCAUACCCCAUCAACAUCGUGGCUUUGGUCUUCUCCAUCAUGUCUCAGAACAGCUACAACGAGGGAGACUACGAGGGAGCCAGGCGGCUGGGGCGGAAUGCCAAGUGGGUGGGCAUCGCCUCCAUCAUCAUUGGCCUCAUCAUCAUCGUCAUCUCCUUUGUGGUGCACUUCACCAGGAAGUCUCUGGCAGUGCCAAGGAGGGGCAUAAGGUUACCACCUAGCAGAUGUACGGAAAGAGCCCCGCUAACGAUUAGAAGACACCAAGAAGGACCUGGGAAAAUCUGACCACAGAGGAUGCCAAGCCAGGAUCCCUGAGGAGGCCAUGGUUGGCUGCAAGCUUGGAGGAUGACGCUCAUCCGCACACCCCGAAGAAGUUUGUGAGGAACGGAUCCUUGACUUUAGACUGUGAGAUCUUUUCCUCAGGACUCUCCAGAGGCAGGUCCCUGGCAAAUGAACAGCAACAACAAAAAGUCCCCCGUGUAGGAAAUGCAAGCCACAUAGCCACAUCAACCAAUGUCACUGAAGUACAAAAAGGAAGAAAAUGAAAUCUCACUGUGUCCAUUGAGCGAAUGUCUUGUAUACAUUCUUCUUCUCCAGAGAUGACCUCCAGGAGUCUUGUGACUCUCCAUUGGGUAGGGGUCUGGAUCUGGGGAGAACAGGAGGCUCCAGGAAGAUCCUAGUGUUUAUAGCAUCAAGUACAAACAUUUGCCACAUGUUUAAAGUUGUCUAAUACAGUUGAAUUCAUGGAUUAUUUUUUCCUUUCAUUUUUUAUGUUAUAGAGUCGCUUCAGUCUUUAGUAACUGCUUCCCCAUCAGCACUCCAGAACUCCCUAACCAGGUCAUCAGAGACCUGGAGACUCUCUGACCUUUUCUGUCUUGAUCCUUAUUUUUCCUAAUAGCAUCCCACCCCCAACUUUCCUGAUUGCACCCAAGUUGGUCAGUUUGAUCAUGACGUCAGUCUUCUUCAGGCCAGCAGACUCUGAGAAUGUACUUAGUGGUCAAUCCUAGGCUAAUGGGCAUCUUUUUAAUGCCAAGUUUGGGCAUAAACUGGGUGUGUUGCAGAAUAUACUCUCCUCAACCCACACUAAUCACCUAAGCAGCCUCUCCUCUCUCUCUCUCUCUCUCUCUCUCUCUCUCUCUCUCUCUCUCUCUCUCUCUCUCACACACACACACACACACACACACACACACAUUUCAAGUAAGAGCUUUGAUUUUCUUUGAUGCCACUUGGAAAUGCCACCACCACUCCCCGCUAUAUUUCUUUUCUGUCAAAGGCAAAUCCUUUAGGUCUGAAUGAACUGGUUUGAUGAUACCAUUAUUCUGCCUGCCAGAAUGUUCUGUACCAUGUUUUGCAGACUGUGUGCCACUGGUGAUACGCAGAUAAUUUCUAAUUAGUUCAUAGACCAACAUUAAUUAACACUGAAUCCCGCAGAAAUCCUUUCUAUUCUUUUUCAAUCCUGAUAACAGCCAGGAGAAAGUUUGUAUUGGGCUAAUGGGUCCUUAACACCUUUUUGACACUGUGGCCUUUUAAAGAAAAAGCAGCCCUCAGGUUCCAUUUUGUGUCUACAGAGAAUUCAGUGAUACUACUUUGUUUUCUUGGUAUUUAUUUUAUUUGCUACCUUCCAUUUGUGGUUUUGCCAAGAUGUGUGUGCUAUAUUGUUUCUGUUCAAAUAAACUUACGUAAAAAUAAAUGGACUCAGACUGGGGAUGCAGCUCAGUGGUACAGCACCUGCCUGGCAAGCACAAAGCACUGAGUUCAAUUCUCAAUGCCAGAAAAAUAAAAUACUAAUCAGACCUUUAUAAAAAUGAAGUAAAUGGACUCAAAGACAAAUACCAGGUAAUUAACAUAACAGGUGAUAUAUGUGCAUAUAAAUGGCAAAAGUCACAUCAAGAAGUAGGAUUAGAACACCGUUGUGAUAAACAUUUAGAUUCAACAGAAAAGGCAGCUUAUUCUAAUUGAAUGAACAAGAGGCUGAGAGUCAAAAUACCUUUUUUUUUUUCAUUAACUAACUGUGCAAGCUGAUUUUAGGCAAAUUUUCUUAGCCGCUCUGUGCUCAAAUUCCUUCAUCUGGAAAAUGGGGAUAAAAACGCUAGUCUGUUUACCUCACAGUGUGAUGAAAAUUGUCCUAAAAGAUGCACCCUGGGGGGAAAUUCUAAGUGGUGCACCAAUACAAAACAUGGUUCUUAGAAUGUUUUAAAUCUCAGGCAUUUGUUAAAAUACUGGACCCUAGCCAAAAAAAAUGAAAGCUGAUGGACACCAGAUCCCACCUGUCCAUUUUGUCCCUCGUGAGCCAGCACUUGUCCCAGGAGGACGCUGCGUCAGGGACAUGAAUUCUCUGCAUACAGGGAUGCUAGCGCCAUUCCAAUACACUGGAUCUUGAUUUUGUUUCCGACAUUUUGUUUUUUGUUUACACGUGUUUGGGUCCCUUCCUAGGCUUCUACCCAAAUCCAGAAGUGCAAAGUGUUGCUGAGAGCCUGAAUAAAAAUGGUUUUAAGUAAGACUGUUA